AUGGGUGGAAAUCGGAUCGUUGGGUCUAUUCAUAGAGUAAAAAUAAGGCCGCAUCACAUCGCAUCGGCCGCGCUGCAAAGGCAAUAUGAUAACCGCAUCACUCCCAUUUCCAUAUCAGUGUUCCGUUACCGUGAUCGCGACUGUUACUCAUUGCUUCCACUACUCACAAAUGUAGUGGCCAACUCCUACGUGUACUCGCCGUACUACUCGUCUUCAUCGUACGACUAUAAAUCUCCUUCUCCAUAUUACUCACCCCCGUUAUACGAUAAAUCUCCAUCAUACAGUUAUAAAUCUCCUUCUCCAUACUACUCACCCCCAUUAUAUGACUACAAAUCCCCUACUCCAUACUACUCACCUCUAUCAUACGAUAAGUCUCCAUCAUACAGCUACAAAUCUCCUUCUCCAUACUACUCACCCCCAUCAUAUGAUUACAAAUCCCCAUCUCUAUACUAUUCGCCUCCAUCAUACACUAAAUCUCCAUCGUACAGCUACAAAUCUCCUCUUUACUACUCACCUCCAUCAUACGACUAUAAAUCUCCAUCUCCAUACUACUCACCUCCAUCAUACGACUAUAAAUCUCCAUCAUACAGCUAUAAAUCUCCUUCUCCAUACUACUCACCUCCAUCAUACGACUAUAAAUCUCCAUCAUACAGCUAUAAAUCUCCAUCUCCAUACUACUCACCUCCAUCAUACGACUAUAAAUCUCCAUCAUACAGCUAUAAAUCUCCUUCUCCAUACUACUCACCUCCAUCAUACGACUAUAAAUCUCCAUCAUACAGCUAUAAAUCUCCAUCUCCAUACUACUCACCUCCAUCAUACGACUAUAAAUCUCCAUCAUACAGCUAUAAAUCUCCUUCUCCAUACUACUCACCCCCAUCAUAUGACUAUAAAUCUCCAUCUCCAUACUAUAAGUCUCCUUCAUAUGACUACAAAUCUCCAUCAUAUGACUAUAAGUCUCCAUUUCCAUACUACUCGCCUUCAUCAUAUUCUUACAACUACAAAUCUCCAUUACCAUACUACUCACCUCCAUCCGACUAUAAAUCCCCAUCUCCAUACUACUCACCUCCGUACUCCUACAAGUCUCCACCAUACUAA